ACAUCACAACUCUCAGACUUUAAACACAUACCUCGUCGUCGUCCUAGUAACAUUCAGCUAUGUUUCUAGAAUGUCACCCUAGCAACUUCCUGAUCAUCAAUUAUUUCAGAUAGCAUUAGAAGGUUUUUUAUUUUAUUUAUUUUUUUAGCGGGACUAAUACUGCCGGCGGUCAUGGGGAGCAUUUGGUGGAUUGUGGUGGAGAUUGCAUGCAGGAUUCUUGGCAUAUCUACAGCCACAGUGUUGUGUGCUGUAGGAGUGGAGACCUUGCAACAAGGAGACUUUAACAGCCUUGGCAUCUACCUGCUAGUGUCCUCUUUUGGCAUCAUGAUGUUUGAACUGGCUUAUUUCGUCGAUGCACUUCUGCUCAUGUGCCUACCCUGUCCUCCAGACUGGCAAGUCUUCAUACUGUGGGAGAAGAUGGCCCACGUUGGAGGCUUUCAUAAGUUUCUCUAUUACUCCAUAAUGUCUGUGGUCUGUUUCCUGCAUCCUGUCUUGGUGUGGCACGCCAUUAUCCCAGGGACAAUGCUUCUUACAACUGCAUUCUUCAACUUCAUACUCAGCAAGAAAACAAACACCAAAUGCCCCAAAAGACCACAGGAGGGCUACAGUGACCAAGGCCCGACCGCGGUCUACGUGUCAGAGGGACCGGCUGCAAACAAUGUCCUUUCCUUCCUCCACGUGCUGACGGGGAAGAGAGUUGCCACAGCAACGGAUGGCCCGGCUGGCACGGGAGGAGAGAGCUUCCAGGCCAUGCUGGAGCUGGAGCAAACGCCAAAAGAGAGGCGGAGGAAAGAGAGGAAGCCCAUGUGGAUGAGAGGCCGGGGGGAGGUGAUGGAGAGAGAGAUGGAGGAGAUGAGAGAGUUUGGGGAGUCAGAGCCAGAAACCACCUCAGACACUGCACCUAUGAUUACUGACUGAGGCUCGCUCUAAAACACACUUUAUGAUUACCACACUUGAAGAAGAUGAUUAUGCUCAUACAGAGCUGGUGCUAUACUGCAACUACAAAUAAACGCACAAUAUUAAGAUUUAUUAUUAAUCAAUCAAUGUUUAUUUAUAUAGCCCUAAAUCACGAGUGUCUCAAAGGGCUGCACAAGCCAAAACGACAUCCUCAGUUCACAUCCCACAUCAGGGCAUGGGAAAUCUCAACCCAAUGGGACAAUGAGAAACCUUGGAAAGAACCGCAGAUGUGGUGCAAUGGACGUCGAGUGGAUCUAACAUAAUAUUGUCAGAGUCUAGUCUAUAGUGGAUCUAACGUAGUAGUGAGAGUCCAGUCCAUAGUGGGGACAGCAGGAGACCAUCCCGAGCAGAGACAGGUCAGCAGAGCAGAAACAUCCCCUACUGAUGCACCUACCAGGUCCCAACUUUGGACAACCAGCACUUCAUCCGUGGGUACCGAACCUGUGCCCUACCUUCCACGAAGGAGAGGGUGGCAGAGCAGAAAAGAAACGGCAUAUCAGCUGUUCUAAAAGGGGGGUCUAUUUGAAGGCUAGAGCAGUGGUUCUCAACCUUUUUUUAGUGAUGUACCCCCUGUGAUCAUUUUUUUUAUUCAAGUACCCCUUAAUCAGUGCAAAGCAUUAUUGUUUUAAAAAAAGAGAUAAAGAUGUAAAAUACAGCACUAAGUCAUCAGUUUCUGAUUUAUUAAA